CUGCUUUUAUGCCUUGCCCCAAACAAGGGACUUUUCUAAACUGAGAAAAGCGGGCUGGGUGGUGAGAGUGGGCGGUUCGGCGAUCGUGGCAGCUAAACUCUUUAGCCUCCCGCCGGGUUGCUUCGCUCGCUGCUUAGCGAGGCGAGAAGGCGUCUCAGGAUGGCUCCUUGCAAGUUGCCUCUCUAUGUGUGCGGGUGAAGAGCUCGCCCUCCGUUUUUAUCUUGCUGAAUGGGCAAGUCGACAAUUCGUCUUCUUCCAGGUCUUGUCGCCGCUGGAUUCUACCCAUCGCCUUAAAGGAACUGAGGAAACGGGACUCGCUUUCUUCCGAGAGCUCCUCGGCCAUCCGCGUCCCCCUGGACCAGCCCAACCUAUUGUCAACUGGAAGAGAAAAGGCGCUUGUUUCCUCCUUAGACCUGCCCUUUGGAGUUCUCCACUGCAUCGCACCGCAGGAAUUCGAGGCUCGCAGAAUUUGGAAGCCUCCUCCUGGGUGGAUUUGUUCCCUAAUAUGCUUCCCUCAAACCCUCGUUUAACUUAAGUUACGUUUGACUAAGGGGGGGGGGGGAAGGACCCCACGAUCUUCUUCAGAGCCACCCUUCUCUGCAGUUUAUUUCUGCUCUGGAAGGGGGUGCGGGAGGUUGGAGGUGGGUCUUUUGAUUUCUCCCUCCUGGACUCCCCUAAACAGUUCGGGAGACGUCGGCUUUAGCCCCCAGGUUUAGCUUGUUGACAUUCUCCCACACGCACGCAUCCACCCCACGCGUAUGCAAACACACACCCUUCUCCGUUAUUGCGCUGCUGGACUCAGCUCGUUUUUUGGCUUCGCUAGUAGGAAAAGAGUUAGUCGAGGACGCAGAGGAGACGCAGGCGCUUGCCUCUCUUGGUCCCAGUCUGAAUGAAACCCGGUCGAGAGAAAAAGUGACUGCAGACGGGAUUUAAAGGAAGUGAAGUGCGGGGACCGAGGCUGAAAAGAGGGACCGCCUUUUCGCUUUUCUCCGUCGGCCGCACCCGAGAGACCAAAGCGCGCAAGCGACUGAAAGGGGACAGUUGCCGAGAGGUGCGAUGGCGAGGCUUUGGAAAGCGAAGGUAGUGACUGCUGGAGCGCUUUUACUUUUGCAGUGCUUGGCUGACCGGGUACAAUUCAUCGGAGCCGUGAAACCGAAGCAGAGUCUCGGUGCAUUUUAUGAAAUGGUUCAGAGCUUCCCUCAAGUGGAGGAAAAUGUGCAUAUGGACUCCUACAGAUAUAGCCACAGAUGGAAACGACAUUCGGAAUUGCUCAAAUCAGUGGACACCAACAGAGCCAGCAUAGGACAGGACUCCUCAGAACCUGGAGGUUUUACAGAUCUACUUCCUGAUGACACCCAUGAUAACACUACGCAAAUUGAGGAAGACAUGGAUCACAAUUAUUACACUUCAAGGAUAUAUGGCCCAUUUGAUUCUUCCAGCCAAGAUUUGUGGGUAAACAUUGAUAAAAUGGAAAAAGAUAAGGUGAAGAUUCAUGGAAUACUCUCCAAUACCCACCGACAAGCCGCAUUUGAUGAUGAGAUCAAAAUCUUGAAGAAGAGGGAUCAAAUUCGAUUAUCAGGGUUUAUUUACACAGGAGAAGUUGUGCAUCAGAUGUUAACAGCAACACAGUAUAUUGCACCCUUGAUGGCCAAUUUUGACCCCAGUGUUUCGAGAAAUUCUACUGUAAGAUACUUUGAUAAUGGCACUGCACUAGUUGUUCAAUGGGAUCAUGUACAUCUACAAGAUAACUACAACCUGGGCAGUUUCACUUUUCAGGCAACUCUUCUCAAUGAUGGCCGUAUAAUUUUUGGCUAUAAAGAGAUUCCUGUCUCAGUGACACAGAUAAGUUCAACUAAUCAUCCUGUUAAAGUGGGGCUGUCAGAUGCAUUUGUGGUUCUCCACAGGAUCCAGCAAAUUCCUAAUGUUCGUAGAAGAACAAUCUAUGAAUAUCACAAAGUAGAGCUUCAGAUGUCAAAGGUCACCAAUCUGUCAGCUGUUGAGAUGAUUCCUCUGCCCACUUGUCUUCAGUUUAACAGCUGUGUAUCCUGUAUCAUGUCUCAGAUUGGUUUCAACUGCAGCUGGUGUAGUAAACUCCAAAGGUGUUCCAGUGGCUUUGAUCGUCAUCGUCAAGAUUGGGUAGAUAGUGGUUGCCCUGAAGAGUCAAAAAAUAAGAUUUGUGAGAACACAGACACAAAUCAAACGCCUCUUCAUAUCACAACUGCACUACAGCAAACCACAACGAGACACAGAGUUUUAACAACUACCAAAGGAGCCAUUAUAUCACAUCUGCCAACUAGUCUACCCACGGAAGAUGAUACCAAGAUAGCUCUACACCUAAAAGAUAAUGGAGCCUCCACAGAUGACAGCGCAGAAGAGAAGAAAAGUGCCUCUCUUCACACUGGCUUAAUUGUUGGGAUUUUCGUUUUGGUUCUAAUAGUAGCUGCAGCAAUCCUUGUGAUUGUUUAUAUGUAUCACCAUCCCACCUCUUCAGCCAGCCUCUUCUUCAUUGAGCGUCGCCCAAGCAGAUGGCCUGCAAUGAAAUUUCGGAGAGGAUCUGGACACCCCUCCUAUUCUGAAGUGGAACCAGUUGGUGAGAAGGAAGGCUUCAUUGUAUCAGAGCAAUGCUAGGAUUAUUCUGUGACAAAUCACCAGUACUGGCCUACUGGUGUGAGAAGUUUAUUCUGCCUCACAUUUAAAAAAAAAAAGAAACUUGAAGCUGCUGUAACCUGAGAAAGAUAGCUGGGAUUUCUGGAGCAACCACAAAGGGGGGGAGACACUAAAUGAUGACCCUUUACAGAGUGUUUUGUUUCAGAGCCAUCUGGCAUACAAUAUUUCAGAAACAUGUCUCUGAAAUACUGAUAAUCUGAAAACAAAGAACACAUUUGCCAUUUUUUUUUAAUUUCAAGAAAAGAUAUACAAUAAUCCAGAAAAUGUUCCAACAGCUUUAAUUCAGAAGAGUCCUUCCCCACAGUAUUUGAUGCAGCAAAAUAGAUUUGUUUUUAACUUACAAGUUUUUUUUUCAUGCUUCGAGGCAAUCCCAUAAUUGAUUAAUCUGCUGAUGAGAUCAACCUGAUGUAACUAACAUAGGUUAGUCACUAUUUGUAUUUCCAUGAAUACUAUCACUUUGAUUUUCUAAUGCAUAGCUAUAAAAUAUAAUCAGAAAGAGAAAAGGUGCUUCUUGUAUUCUGUAGGCCUAUACUUUUAAAUUGUAAUUUAAAUUAAUCACAACUAUAAUUCUAUAGUUGACAAAGCACUAGAGAUUUGGAAGCUUUAGAAAAACAGAAAAGAAGAAGCAAGAAUGUUUUUUCACUGUGGUGAAAUUAGGCUGUCCAAGUGGAACAUAUAGUGAAAUUGUACUAAUAUUCAAUUUAAAUAUUCACAGGGGGGGAAUUGGGGUGCAUGGGUAUGCAUCACUUAGUUAGAAAUAAAUCCCAUUGAGUUCACUGAGACUUAUUACUGAAUAAUUACACACUGCCCUAUUCAGGGAAGGAGCUUUUUUUAAACAAAAUCCAGAUGAUGGCUACUGCUUGUAAAAGGAAGUGGGGCUUCAAUCACAUAACUGCAGCUACUCUCUUAAAUUUUGAGAAUAUUCUUGCAGAUGAAUCUGACACAGAGGAUUGGACUUCCAGCUGUGGGUCAUUAUUUAUACCCUAGAAAGGUGGUCUAAAAUAGAAGUAGAUAUUUGACUGAUAUUGGAAAAAGAAUGGCCUUGGAACACAGUAAAAAAAAACAAGUAUACCCACAUAUUUUCACAGUACUCCAAGAGCAGUAUUUUUGCACAGUGCCCUUCUUCCCUAGAAAAGCAUGAAACAUAUUUCAGUCCUUAGAAAUUCAUGUAGAGAUAUUGUUUAAUGCACAUAGUAGCUGCAUAUUUCACUAACACAAGGCAGGCUCUUGUGGCUGUUGAGGGUGCAUUGUUUUUGUCAUCCUGACCAUGGAAAUAGAUUACAUUGCUGCAUGUUUCCACUGAGUUGUAAAAUAGUCAUUAUUAAAAUAAAUAUCUUGCAUAAGAGAAAGUGGUUCAUUUAAUUACAGUGCUCUAAUUUGGACUGUCUUUCAGAGCCACAUUUUCUUUAACAACAAAAUAAAACCUUCCCCACUCUUAGUGGGGAAAAAUAUUUUUUACAAAGUCCCAAUGAAAUAAUUCUUCAGAUGGAAAAUAGAAAUGUACCCUAAGAUCUUAAAAAUUAUUAAGAUUUUUUUUUUAAUAUUUUGCACAGAUAAAAUUCAUCAUUUGUAUUUUUACACACAUGGUAACAGUACUUGGUUCAUAGUAGGGUAUUAUCUGCGGCUUCAGGUUUCAAAUUAUUCAAUAACUUACUCAAAUAGCAUCUUUAUAAUGCGAUCGUUUACAUUUCAUAUCAAUACAUCUAUGGUUCUUGUUUUUUAAAAAAACAACAGACUAUAACACCAUGAUUUUUACUUGUUAUUUCAUUCAGUAAAAAAAUACGAUUAUGUAUUUUCUUGUACUCAUUCUUUAUUCUGUUUAAACUGGUUUACUAUGUAUUAGAAUGUGCAAAACCCACCAUUUGGGGAAUGGAACAGUCAGAAUAGCAUGUCCAAAACAACAUAAGUGGCUUUUGUUUCAAGACAGAGCCACCCUCAGAAUACCACAAACCACUUCUGGUUCGGGUUAAUUUUCAGAAACUCCUAGAGACCAUCCCUGGAACAAGGGUUUGGCACAUCAUUGCUAUGUAGUCACAGUUCAUCAAGAGCAUUGACUUGUGGCUGCUAAAAAUCCAGGGAGUUGUAGUCCAGUACACCUGGAGGGCACCUAAUUGGAGCAAGGUGAUUAAAAAUAUAUUUAUAAAUUUUAUAAAAAAAGAAUUUAUAAAUAUUAUUAUUAUAAGUGUUAUUAUAGAGAGCCAGUUUGGAAUAGCGGUUAAGACAUUGGUCUAGUAACCAGAACGCUGUGAGUUCUAGUCCCAGUUUAAGCAUGAAAGCUGACUGUGUGACUUUGAUUCAGUCACUGAUCUCAGCCUAAUCCACCUCACAGGGUUGUUUUUGUGGAGAAAAUAGGAGGUAGGAUUAUUAGGUAUGUUCACUGCAUAUUAAAAAAAUGGAAAUAAAAAUUGAAUAAUAAAAAUUUAGAAAUAAACCAAACUGGCUUUGUUGUGAAAAUGUUAAAGCUCAUUUCAUUACUUUCACCUCUGUAAAUAAAUUUUUCCCUUUCCUGAUCACAAAAUCUUAUAUGAGGAGACUUCUUGUUCACUUCUGUGAGAAAGACUCCAGGCAAAUAAUUGUAUUAUAUUGUCUAAGUAUUUCCUUCAAGAAAGGAGAAAGUUUCUUCAAGUUUAGGAUCAGUAUUGCUCAACGUGAUGCCCUCCAGCUCUUUUGAGACUACAACUUCAUUAUUUUAGCUUUGAGUGUGUCCAUCGUUCACAUAUUAAAAGCAUGUGCAUUUAAGUCAGCAUUGGCUAAUGUAGAUCUUCAAAACACUUGGCUGGAACUACUAUCAUCUUUCACCAUUGGCCAUGCUGGUUAAUGUAAGUGGAAGUUAUUUAGCAACACUGGCACCUUUCAUCUAAAUGGAGAUAAGCUCUAUAAAGUUCCCGUUGGGUCUCAUAUAAUAUAGUGGUAAGUAUUAUGGUUAUUCUGACAUCAUGAAUGAUAAUAUCAAUUUUCUUAUAUUAUUCUACUUCACUGCUAUGAUGCAGCAAAAUAUGCAUUUUGGCAUCUUUCCAUGAAUGCUCAUUCAGUGUGAUUUCAGGGGCAAGUCAAGAUAGUGGCAAUGAUGGUAAGAUGAUGGUAGGAUUAAAGUUCUGCCCACUUUUAUUUGAAACAGCAGAACCUCAAUUAUACUAUCACUCACUAUUUUAACUUUUUUAAAACCACAUUCUGUGGAUGCUCCUGAAUAGGUAGAUGCAUUCAUUCUGAAAACAAAUGAAAGACUGAAGAGCUACUUACUUUUUAUAAUCUAAUUGAACAGCAAACACCACAAAGGAAGAACUAAGCAAAUGAGCAUUUCUCUCUGUAUUUGUCUGUAUGUGUGUGUAUCUCUCUCUUUCUCUUCAUUCCAUGCAUUUUUGCAAUUUUGAUUGAUUGAGUCAUGGUUUUGCAGUGGUCAUCAAGUCUACAACUCUGCACAGUUCACUGGAGAAGAAGAAGGAGAAGAAGAAGAAGAAGCAAAAUGAAUAGGUUGAAGCAUCA